AUGAUGGACGAGUCGAAGAAAGGAAAGACAAUAAAGUCUGCUUUUGAUAGCAGUACUUUCGACAUCAGUGUGUCUAUCCAUGUAGAUCGCAAGGUUGGGUCUGCAACAAUCUCUCCUUCUGGAAGAGAUGUCGCCCUUGCAUCUACUGAUGGACUUGAUAUAAUCGACCUCGACUCCCCUCUGACCCCUCCACGCCAUCUUAGACACGGCCUACCUUGGCUCGUUGCAGACGUGCAAUGGUCUCCAUUCGCAGCUCGAGACUACUGGGUAGUCAGCUCAGCCAAUCAGAAAGCUCUUGUAUGGAAUCUGAACAUGAACGAAGAUGCUUCCCAAGGCGCCAUUGAACACACAUUACACGGGCAUACCAGGGCCAUAACAGAUAUCAAUUUCUCGGCUCAUCACCCUGACAUCCUGGCUACUUGUGCUGUGGAUGGAUAUGUGCACUGUUGGGAUCUGAGACGACCAAGACAACCUGUCUUGACGUUCUGCGACUGGUUUGCUGGGGCUACACAAGUCAAAUACAAUCGUCAAGACUCUCACAUACUAGCUUCGUCACACGACCGGUGGCUGAGGAUUUGGGAUGAUCGUAAAGGAGCAGCACCUCUCAGAUCUAUCAAUGCGCACGAUUCGAAGAUUUACGGCGUUGAUUGGAAUCGAACAAGAUCUACGGGAGUGGUUACUUGCUCGUUAGACAAGAGUAUCAAGUUCUGGGAUUAUGGCAACGACCUUGACGAACCAGAGCGCAUCAUAAGAACCGACUUCCCAGUAUGGCGAGCACGACAUACCCCAUUUGGCUGGGGUUUGCUAGCUAUGCCUCAAGAUACUCCGGGUAAUCUCCAUCUCUACGAGCGCCGACUGAAAGAGGGCGACGAGAAAGAUUCAUUCACACCAACAGUGGCCACUUUUCCAGGUCAUGGCAAUCAUAAAGUGAAAGAAUUUCUGUGGAGGCCUAGAGGCGGUAUAACAGAGGAGGGCGUUGACAAUCGAGAAUUUCAGCUCGUGUCCUGGGGCGAAGACAACCAGUUACGCCUACAGAAAGUCGAUGCCGAUACUCUCGAAGGUGUUGGCUAUGUGAAAGGUAGCCAGGUCCGUAGGAAACUCAAUGUGACGCGGAAAGGCGCCGUAUACAAGACCUUCCGUACAGUAGAGACCCCUUCCGCUGAGAAGAAAGCACCCACCAUCACCGGACCGCGUCCCGGGAGUUCGGGGCUCAAAGUCAGUGGCUUGAGUGCUGGGAUGAAAAAGAUGCAUCUUCCGCAUGCCGCCAAAACUCACAUGUUGAUACGAGCGCCUGCAAUGAAAAUCAAGGACAAGUCUGCAAAACAAGAUGAUCAAAAUCAAAAGCAGAUUGAUUGGAUGAGUGGCAUCAAGUUUACAAAGCAUGAAAAUGGCCCAGUCCAGCAGAAGAGACCGAAUUCCAGACGCCUGUCGCUUCUUAACCCAGAUUUCGAAGCAGAUAGCGAGUGGGACUCGCCCGAAAACCUCCAAGACGAGAUUAUACGCAUACAUGACCAGCUUCCCAAGAUCACAUUCGAAGAUGUAGACAUGGACAAGAGGACAGUAAUUGCGUCCAUGAAUGGGCCUUGGGGUGAAAUGGGCAGCUCGAUCUACGUCAAAGUCACAAUAACUUUUCCGGAGCAAUAUCCCGAGACCAAGGCACCUAGCUUUGCAAUAGGCAAGACUUCGCUCAUGUCAGAUGAAAUCUAUAGCAAGUUGAAGCGAGAAAUACAGCAGAUAGCAGCUGGCUUCGUGUCUCGUCGGCAAGGAUGUCUCGAUGCAACACUUUGCUAUCUCCUAGGCGAAGUAGACUUGGAAACGAGCACUACGUUUUUCAAAGAUGUUGAGGAUCUCGAUGACAUAGAUGCUUUAGCGGAUGAGAGUUCGAGUGACGACGAGGAUGACGAUAUUCCAGCUGGAGCUUCGGCAAUGAUGUCUCAGGAGCUUGACACAAGUGCUACGGAGAACAUGUUAGCACCCGGAAAUCGCAAUGCCAAUGUACCGCUUCCGAGAAAAUGCGGUGCCAGAUUUUCCCCUAGUGGUAAAUUGGUAUGCUUCUUCCCGCCCAAAGAGGACAAAGUAAAAUCACUUUUCGAGACUUGGGCGUCAAAGAAUAGCGUUCGGCCCAAGAGACAAUCGUUAUUCCAAAGCUUUGGCCGCCUUCACAACAACACAUCUCCCGUUCCUCGUGGGAAGUCCAUGUCGCUCAUGUCAGAGAGCAGAAGUGAUUCAGAUGCAUCUGAUGAUUCUGACGUCUCGUUGUCUAGCGACUCUGAUUCUUCACAAUUUCGUAUUGAGAGAUUUCCUAUGUCAGACUACUUUCGCCGUGCAGGUCGUCGACCUUAUCGCACUGGCUCUCCCACCAUUCAAUCCCAAAAAUCCAGUGCUGCAGGGACUGGAACGGGGACCGGCACAGGAACUGGAACAGGUCUGGGCAGGGCUAGAUCUUCUAAGCCGAAGAACAUUGUCUCCAUUCAUUUCAUGGACGACCUUUUGCCGUCUAAGAAGGGCCUGGCACAGGAUUAUGCGAUAUUUGGAGAUGGGCCAGAUGUUUGUGAAACGAACGCUAGCGCCGCCGAAAAGCAUGGCUACAAAGAUCUAGCUGACGUGUGGAGAUAUGCUGCUAUGCUGCUUCACAACGAAGUGCCACUUGAAGUCCUUGAUCAAUCUCAUCGCCGUGAGCCGAUUUUGGUCAUAGCAAAGGAUGCAAUCAAGCGCAAUCGCAGCGACAGUGGCUCCGAUAGUGCAAUAGAUCUUUCGUAUGAUGCCCAAGGUCAGUCGAACAGCUUAUCCGGCAGAGUGAAAUGGGGAACGAGUCCACUUGCCAAGCAGCUUAUUAGCGACUUGUUCGCACACUUUGAGAAUCUUGCAGAUAUCCAGAUGCUGGCUAUGCUAUCAUGUGUAUUCAGUGAGCCACUUGCCAAAGAUGCAGCAUCAGUUGCAGAUCUCCACAUGAGUCAACCGCAGACACCCCUAUCUAUGAAGACGCCAGCUUUUUCAUUGGAUUAUUUCCCAACUGAUGCUGCCGCAUGGAGCAUGUAUCAACGCACCCCAUUGCACUCUGUUGCGUCCACGCCAAAGUUUGGUCAUCCCUCCUCUGGCUUAUAUGGCUCAGUUGGCUCCUCGAACGGCGCUUGGGGCAGCGAUCCUGCAUCUGCUUCAUACUCUUGUGGAGAGACGCCUCCUCUGAGAUCGAAUCGUGCUAGUUCUGAACAUCUCGAUCGACAUACUCAAAGCCUAUCGACUUCGCCAGACAAUCCCCGCAGCUUCCGUCGUGCGAAUUCUGGAAUCGCUUCUAGCUUUGCAGCUCUGUCUCGACCCUUCUCCAUCACCUCGUCAUCAUCCCCACCAAAUCCUCCGCCAAACAGAAAGCGUCCAAGUCCUGUGGAGAAUAUGUUGAACUCGUUGGCUCCGAGUACGAUCACUUGGGGCAACACGACGGUCCUUGGAAGCGUCAAAGAACAAGAUUAUAUGGACAGGUCUUCAAUGUCAGAUGACGAGGCCUCAAAGGAUGACUGGAAACCUACUAUCUGCACUGGCAUUAGCUUGAUCAUCGAGAAUCAGAACAAUUUUGACGAUGAGGGCUGCAUGAGCACAUCCUUACUAGACACUGAAUACUCGACACUCUACGCAAAUUAUCGAAGGUCGUACGCUGAGUUGCUUUACAUUUGGGGUCACCCGCUCGCACGGCUUGAGAUCCUGAAAUUCAAUGGCCUCAAAGAUUAUUUCACUUCAGAACCUGACGUCCCUGAUAACAAGUCCUUCGCUGCUUCUAUACGCUCCACGGACUCUCGGAAUUCGACUCACGAACCAUCUCCCCCAUCGCCUAUCAUCUUAGGCAAAAAGGAUCCGUUUGCUUUACCAUGCAAUGGUGACCAGGGACUGGAUGUGGCAGGAUAUUGUCUAAGACACGAGUCUCGUCUCGAUCCGUUGCCAAAUAGCUCAGCUGGAGGCGCCGCAGGUCGAUGUGAAAGAUGCAAGACUAUUCAACGACAGCUUCGCUGUACAAUAUGCAUGGAACCUCUUAGUGGCCUCUUCGUGCCUUGCUUGUCUUGCGGAUGCGCAACACAUGAAGAGUGUCUGUCCGAAUACCACUCGCUCGGCAAUACUGACUGUCCAGGUGGUUGCGACUGUGAUUGUGGCGAUAAGGCGAGCGUUGGUGUGGUGGAAAGCUGGGAGGUCAUGAUGGGAGAAAUCGAGCGUUUGAGAAUGCUCGAUUCUAAGCAAGGCUCAAAGGGAAAGGAGAAGCAAGCCCUUGAGGACUGGCAUGGCGAGGAGAGAGCUGAAUGGGAAGAUAUCAAUAUUCUGACCACGGGGCUGGGACGAGGAUAUUCUACCCUCAAUAAAACAUUAGGUCAGAUGCGCAGUCGAGACUGGACUCUUGCCGGUAGCAAGCAUAGGCCCAGCAGUCUGAGGAAAGAAGAGAUCUUUUGA